GGGGUGAUGACGUCGUCUAUCAAGCGCGAUGGCGCCGCGGCGGCGGAAAUCUGGCUGUGGAAGACGAGUGCUCAAUGAAGCCAAGAAAGUUGAUAAUGGCAACAAAGCAACAGAAGACUCUCCUCCUGGAAAGAAAAUGCGCACUUGCCAGAGAAAGGGGCCUGUGGCUGGAGAGAAGGAUGCAGACAGGACAAAAGACGCUGUAAAGACCUUGCUGUUAAAGGGCAAAGCUCCUGUGGAUCCAGAGUGUACAGCCAAGGUGGGAAAGGCUCAUGUGUAUUGUGAAGGAGAUGAUGUCUAUGAUGUCAUGCUAAAUCAAACCAAUCUCCAAUUCAACAACAACAAGUACUACCUUAUUCAGCUGUUAGAAGAUGAUGUCCAGAAGAACUUCAGUGUUUGGAUGAGGUGGGGCCGAGUUGGGAAGACGGGACAGCACAGCUUGGUGGCUUGUUCUGGUGACCUCAACAAAGCAAAAGAAAUAUUUCAGAAAAAAUUCCUUGACAAAACUAAAAACAAUUGGAAGGAUCGUGAGAACUUUGAGAAAGUACCUGGAAAAUACGACAUGUUACAAAUGGACUAUGCUGCCAGCACGCAGGAUGAAAGUAAAACAAAGCAAGAAGAAACUUCGAAGCCCGAGUCUCAGCUGGACCUUCGAGUCCAGGAGCUGCUGAAGUUGAUCUGUGAUGUGCAGACCAUGGAGGAGGUGAUGAUCGAGAUGAAGUAUGACACCAGGAGAGCCCCGCUCGGAAAGCUGACAGUGGCGCAAAUCAAGGCAGGUUACCAGUCUCUCAAGAAGAUUGAGGAUUGUAUUCGUGCUGGCCAGCAUGGGCGAGCGCUUGUUGAAGCGUGCAAUGAAUUCUACACCAGGAUCCCUCAUGACUUUGGACUCUCCAUCCCUCCAGUAAUCCGGACAGAGAAGGAACUGUCAGAAAAAGUAAAGCUGCUAGAGGCACUGGGAGACAUUGAAAUUGCUCUUAAACUGGUGAAGUCCGAGCGCCAAGGCCUAGAACACCCACUGGACCAGCACUAUAGAAACCUACAUUGUGCUUUGCGUCCUCUGGAUCAUGAAAGUCAUGAGUUUAAAGUGAUUUCUCAGUACCUACAGUCUACCCAUGCUCCUACACACAAGGACUAUACUAUGACCUUGCUGGAUGUUUUUGAAGUAGAGAAAGAAGGGGAAAAAGAGGCCUUCAGAAAGGACCUUCCGAACAGGAUGCUGCUCUGGCACGGUUCCAGGCUGAGUAACUGGGUGGGGAUCCUGAGCCACGGGCUUAGAGUUGCCCCACCUGAGGCGCCCAUCACAGGUUAUAUGUUUGGGAAAGGAAUCUACUUUGCUGACAUGUCCUCCAAGAGUGCCAAUUACUGCUUUGCCUCUCGUCUAAAGAAUACAGGAUUGCUUCUUCUGUCAGAGGUAGCUCUAGGUCAGUGUAAUGAACUACUGGAGGCCAAUCCUAAGGCAGAAGGAUUGCUCCAGGGCAAGCAUAGCACCAAGGGGAUGGGAAAGAUGGCCCCCAGCCCUGCCCACUUCAUCACCCUGAAUGGGAGUACAGUGCCCUUAGGACCAGCAAGUGACACAGGAAUUCUCAAUCCAGAGGGGUACACCCUCAACUACAAUGAGUUUAUUGUUUAUAGCCCCAACCAGGUCCUUAUGCGAUACCUUCUAAAGAUUCAAUUUAACUUUCUUCAGCUGUGGUGAAUGUUGAUCAGACAAGCCAGAGAGAAUAUAAUCUUCAGACAAAACCCAAGCACUAUUAUGUUCUUGAACUUUUUGAUAUUUUGUUUAAUAAAAUAGUAUAAAUCUA